AUGGCAGCACCGCUUAAACUCGAGCUUCCUUGGGUGGAAAAGUAUCGUCCAAAACUUUUGAAAGAUAUUGUUGGUAACGAAGAUACAAUUGAAAGGCUGAAAGCGUUUGCUAUAGACGGUAAUGUCCCUCAUAUGAUCAUCUCAGGUUUGCCAGGAAUAGGGAAGACGACAUCAGUUCACUGUUUAGCCCAUGAGCUAUUGGGUGAUAUGUAUUAUGAUGCUGUUCUAGAGCUAAACGCUUCUGACGACAGAGGAAUAGAAGUGGUGAGAAACAAGAUCAAGCAAUUUGCACAUAAAAAGGUAUCGUUACCUCCUGGGAGACAUAAGAUAGUGAUCCUCGACGAAGCUGAUUCUAUGACACCUGGGGCCCAGCAAGCGUUGAGAAGGACCAUGGAAAUCUAUUCGGGUACCACCAGGUUUGUUUUUGCCUGUAACAUGUCCAACAAAAUUAUUGAGCCUUUGCAAUCCAGGUGUUCCAUACUUAGAUACUCAAAAUUAUACGACGAACAGGUUCUUUCCAGAUUGUUAUAUAUUUGCAAAGAAGAGGGUGUCAAAUACACAGACGACGGUUUGGAGGCUUUGAUCUUCACCGCAGAAGGAGAUAUGAGACAGGCUAUCAACAACUUGCAGAGUACUGUCGCAGGAAUGGGACUGGUCAAUGGGGACAAUGUAUUCCGAAUUGUGGACUCCCCGCAUCCUCUAGUAGUCCGACAGAUGUUGUUUAAGGCUGUUAAGGACUCUGACAUUGAUGCCGCCGUGGAUCUGCUGAAUCGGUUGUGGGAGAAGGGAUACAGUGCUGUUGAUAUUGUAAGUACCAGCUUCAAAGUGAUGAAGUCUGUUACCGAGAUUCCUGAGGCUGAUCGUCUGGAAGUUAUGAGAGAGAUUGGAUUCACUCACAUGAGAGUACUAGAAGGUGUCUCUAGCUACUUGCAAUUGGCGGGCAUGUUAGCCAGAAUUACUGGCACAGUUGUAUAG